AACAAGAGUGCGGGUCCGCCCCCAGGUUCCGUCGUCAUGACUUUUCUUAAGCCUCCUGGCAUAUCAAACAAAGCUGCCACCAUACCCAAAUCGUCGCUUUGCGCGAGGCCGCACCCUGCUUUCCAACCGUGCAACGGUUUUAUACCUCCAACACAAUGCUAUAUGUUGCCCAUACCCUACCGCGAAGUAAGUCGCGAGUUUAGGUGAUACAAUUAUAUUCUCGCAACGAGUCUCUUGCCAUAUCUACGACCUUGUCUUCGCUCAUCAACAUCUCAAACAUCAAUUCACCCAAACUCUUGAGUCACCGAUACUAAGUCACCACUUCAGCGAUCAAUCCAAUAUGGCCGUCAAUCCAUCCCACGUCAAUCCUCUCAAUUGCAAUUAUGUCUCUGAAGAUUGCCCAUAUCAAGCUUCCAUCUAUGGAUACUACAACAUUCUUUCAUGCAAUGCCUUCUUUGCCGCUCUGUUCGGGAUCUGCUUUGUUGUCAACAUGGUGCUGGGCUGCCGUUACCGCACCUGGACUUAUACACUCGCCAUGGGCUUGGCCUGCUCAGCAGCCUGCAUCGGUUACAUCGGCCGGUGCAUGAUGCACAACAAUCCAUUUCAGUCCCUUGGUUUCGAAAUGCAAAUCUGCUGCCUCACGUUUUCGCCUGCUCUCAACUCUGCUGCACUGUACCUCAUCUUGAAGCACCUCGUCUUGCAGUUUGGAAGAGACUGGUCGAGAAUACGGCCAAAGUACUACACUUGGGCAUUCAUCUCAGCAGACAUUUCAGCACUCAUUCUUCAAGCCGCAGGCGGCGCAAUUGCUGCCACCGCAGGGAAUAACGAAAGUUUCCGCGACGUUGGCGACCACCUCAUGAUCACGGGUAUCUCCUGGCAAGUCUUGACGCUGCUGCUCUUCGCAGUUGCAACGAUCGAUUAUACGGUACGACGUUUCAAAUCGUCGGAACCCUUGUCAUCAUCUGCAGAGGCGCUCUUGCGCGGCACCAAAUUCCGGGUCUUUGUAGCGGCCGCUAUCAUUGCGUUUUUCGCAAUCUUUAUUCGAUGUGUGUACCGAAUCGCCGAAAUGGCAGGCGGAUGGCGGAAUCCUAUCAUGCAGAAUCAAUCACUCUUUAUUGGUGCUGAGAGUUGCAUGAUCGGACUUGCCACCGUACUUCAGACAUUCAUCCACCCGGGCAUCUUCUUCCCAGCAUUGGCGUCAUAUAGGAGGACGAAGAAGAUGGCCCGGCAGAAGAUCAGGAGUGAUAGUUCGGUCGAGGAGUCUGCCGACGAUGCUGAGCUGAAGGUAUGAAGCAUUUGGUUGUCGUGAAUCGUGAUAGAUACAUUUAGCUAGGUAGCGAAAGAUAUGUAAAUGACACUGGGCUCUUGAAGUCAUGAUUUCGUUCGUAAGACGGGUCGGGCAGCAGCUGGCCGGCGCCUCUUGUAUUGCAUUAUUGUUUAUUCUGUGAGCAACCAUUGCCCGCUGUGGAUCUAGAGAAAUUCUCCGAGUGAAGAUACCCGAACUGUUUCAGCUGAAGCCUACGUUAUUUACAGUAGGGCCCUGUUAUGUCAUCACGAGGCUGGGGAAACCCGCUUGGCAGACGAGGAAGGGUCCAAACAGUGAAGUGACCAUACAUUUCCCGAUCCUCCCAU